UUCAGUGAACUUUGGAGUGGACAUUUGUUUUAUGAUGGUGACGUCAGUGGCGUGUGUAUCAUGUAAUUAAAUAUACAACUUCAGUCAGACUCGAGCAUCGAUUUAGAAGAAAGGCUUUACAAAUCAAACAAACAUGCACAUUUUGGUCCGACGAUAUGAGCCUAAAGAUCAAGAAGCCAUUGAAAUGAUUUACCCAGAUGCAAUUAAGGAACACAUCAACCCUGCAUUCCUACACGCCAUGACCCAGCCUCUUCAUAUCACUAUAAGUCUGUUUUUUUGCAUUGGUGCUUAUCUGCUCGGCGGGUCUGUUUUUCUGGCCCUAAUAUCUGGAGCCGCCUGGGUUGGCCUGUUGUACUGUUGCUGCUAUGAGUUUUACGCUUCUUAUGUCCGGGAGAGAAUGCGUACAGACAUGAAGGACAUUCCAGCUUACUAUCUCAGCAAUCCAGAUAACUGCUUCUGGGUCGCUGAAGCCGAGAUGGACGGUAGGCGUCGGAUUUUGGGUAUGGUGGCUGUAGAAGUCAAAGAUGAUGGCGACGGAAAGAGACACGGAGAGCUUUUACGAAUGAUCGUGUCGUCCACCUGUCGCCGUGCUGGUCUCGGUAAACAGCUGGCACAAACCGUCGAAGACUUCUGCAAGGAACGUGGCUUCAAAAAGAUAAUGCUUUUCACCACUUCUACUCAAAGAGCAGCCGUGGCGCUUUACAAUAAGAUGGGCUUUAAACUGGUUAAUACUCAAUCUGAAAGUAAUCCAUCUCUGGAGUGGUUAAUUUGGAUGACUCGAGUCAAACUUUUUUACAUGGAGAAGAUCAUUUGAUCCUUAACUGCUGUUAAUACACCUGACCUGAGCUCAAUAGCAGAAAGUUUUUGAGAGUUGAGAGACAGUAAUGGUCAGAUGAAAAAUUAUAUGCAGUUUUUCCUUCGGUUUCACAGACAAGGCUUAAGGCUAAGACACAUGUUUGAGCUGUCACAUCUGAAAAUAACUUGCACUGACAGAUCUUAAAAUAUGGCAGUGCUAUUGAUUUGUCUCAAGAUACACACCAGUAACAUCUUUUUUCUAAGGCAUGUUUAUAAAAUAUGCUUAAACAUAUAUUAAUUUAACUAGUCCAGGCUUUAGCUAAGCCUUGUGUGUGAAAGAAAUCUUACAUUUCUGUUUGACCUAUAAAUGAAAAUUUAGUAAUGUUGAUGUUUAUGAACUUUGUUUACAAGAUAAAUCAUUUUAUUUACCUCUUCAUAGUUACAUAAUUCUACUUUUGAGUAGCACUUUGUAUAUUACACAAAAAUAAAAUGUAAAAGAUUUUACACUUCUGAA